UUCGUCUAAUAACCUCCGUCGUUCAUCUUCCUAGUUCCGUACUCGCCUCAGAGCAUUCCGCCUCCGGCGGCGACAAAGUAGAGAAGCGCCGCCGAAAUGGUCGGCAUCGUCCUUGCUUCUCUACCUUCUCCUCGCCUCGCGCUCUUCGCCUUCCUCUCCGCCACUUCCCUCUAUUUCCUCUGGAAGUCACGCCGCUGCCGCCUUCAGCCCUCUGCCUCCUCGCUGAAACCCACAAACCCAAGCCCCAGGGGCAAGAUCCUCUAUGCAUCCGCCACCGGCACGUCCAGAUCCCUGGCUGGCCGCCUCUCCGCUCGCCUCCGUUCCCACGGUCUCCCCUUCGACCUCGUCGACCCCCGCCGCUACGAGCCAGAGGAUCUUCCCAAGGAAAACGUCGUCUUGAUUGUGGCAUCCACGUGGGAGGACGGAAGGCCGCCGCAUGACGCCCAGUUCCUCUCCAGAUGGCUCGCCGAGAGCGCCGCGGACUUCAGGGUCGGGUCGCUGCUCCUGGCCAGGUGCCGGUUCGCGGUAUUCGGGGUCGGGUCGAGGUCGUACGGGGACAGUUUUAACGCAGCGGCGAAGGAUUUCUCUAAGUGGAUGAGGGCGCUCGGGGCCUCGGAGAUGGCGCCGUUGUGGGAGGGAGACAUGGAUUCUGGCGAUGUUGACGAUGUGUUUGAGUUGUGGUGUCGGAAAAUUGUGGGAUUGCUCAAGGGAGACUCUGUAGCGGAGGAUGGACAUUUUGAUUCUAUGGCAGAGAGCAAUGGGCUUGAAGUUUCUGAUGAAGAUUUUGACGAAGAAACGGAGGUGGAGGACCUCGAAUCGGCUGUGGUAGAUAUGGAGGAUAUUGCCGGUAAAGCUCCUUCAAGAAAGCUUGCUGUUGCUCUGACCAAUGGUAGGGAGAAUGGUGUCAGAGACAUGGUGACACCAGUUAUUAGGACUAACUUAGAGAAGCAGGGAUAUAAAAUUAUUGGUUCACAUAGUGGGGUAAAACUAUGUAGGUGGACAAAGUCACAGCUUCGUGGCCGUGGGGGUUGUUACAAACAUUCAUUUUAUGGUAUCGAGAGUCAUAGAUGUAUGGAAGCAACUCCUAGUUUGGCUUGUGCAAACAAAUGUGUAUUCUGUUGGAGGCACCACACAAAUCCUGUUGGCAAGAGCUGGCAAUGGAAAAUGGACAAUCCUCUUGAGAUUGUAGAUGCUGUAGUCAGUGAGCAUACCAAAAUGAUUAAGCAAAUGAAAGGUGUUCCAGGUGUAAAGACGGAGCGUUUGUCUGAAGGUCUUUCUCCUAGACAUUGUGCUUUGUCACUUGUUGGUGAACCAAUCAUGUAUCCUGAGAUUAAUGCACUUGUUGAUGAGUUACAUCGGAGACAUAUAUCUACUUUCCUUGUCACAAAUGCUCAAUUUCCGGAUAGGAUAAUGAUGCUGAAGCCCAUCACUCAGUUAUAUGUCAGUGUAGAUGCAGCUACAAAAGAUAGCCUUAAGGCUAUUGAUAGGCCACUCUUUGGUGACUUUUGGGAGCGUUUUCUGGAUUCACUAAAAGCAUUGCGAGACAAAGAACAACGGACUGUUUACCGCUUAACUUUGGUUAAAGGAUGGAAUGCAGAAGAUUUAGAUGCAUAUGCAAACUUGCUGAGUGUUGGAAAGCCUGACUUAAUUGAAAUCAAAGGAGUGACUUACUGUGGCUCGUCUGCUACAUCAAAGUUGACAAUGGAUAACGUCCCUUGGCAUUCUGAUGUUAAAGCCUUUUCAGAGGCUUUGGCCAGCAAAAGCAGUGGUGAAUAUGAAGUUGCCUGUGAGCAUGCUCAUUCUUGCUGCGUCCUUCUGGCAAAAGUCGACAGGUUCAAGAUAAAUGGUGAAUGGCACACAUGGAUAGACUACGAACGGUUUCAUGAGCUGGUGGUUUCAGGAAAGCCAUUUAGGACAGAAGACUACAUGGCUCGCACACCAUCCUGGGCUAUCUAUGGUGCCGAAGAAGGUGGAUUUGAUCCAUAUCAAUCUCGAUACAAGAAAGAGAGGCGUCAUGGAACUGCAAGCCUUCGGAAUUAGCUGGUUUCGGUUUCAGAUAAGAUUAUGCAUCUUCCUCCAUUAGUCGAUCCAAAUUAUCUAUCUCCAAAUUUGAUUAGCAUUUUGGUUGCCUAAGUUGAUGUUUUAACCAACAAAGAGGAUUUUUUUUUCUUGGUGACAUGAGCAAGAUGAGUUAGUUAUUUGCCCAAUUUACUUUCAUAAUAUGCAUAUCCAUAGUCUAGUACGAUCUCUUUUCACGCACUCGUCAAUAUUUAUAUUACACAGCAAUAUUAAAACAAACUAUUGUAUACUAAAUUAACUGUAUACAAAGCAUCAACAUAAGUAUUAAACUA